UUCAACCAAGCUCGCAACUGAAAAGGUGAAGGCCAUUAACGAAGGUUACUGUCGGCUUGCAAUUUAAAAUUUAUUUAUUCAACUUGCACCAUGGCUUCGUUCGUAAGACCAGGUUUAACGUCUGAAAAAGCUUGGAAUAAUCUUCAGAAUUAUUUCAAUAAAGAUGGCAAAUCGAUCAAUAUGCUAGAGUUGUUUAAAUCGGACCCCUCAAGAUUUGACAAGUUCAGUGUAAAAGUAGAAGGCCCAGAUGGGAAGUUGCUCCUGGAUUAUUCCAAAAAUCUCAUCAAUGAAGAUGUUAUGAAACUUCUCUUUGAAUUAUGUCGAGAACGAAAGGUUGAGGAGAUGAGGUCAGCCAUGUUCACUGGAGAGAAGAUAAACUUUACAGAAGGUCGGUCCGUGCUCCACAUCGCCCUCCGGAACCGAUCCAGCACUCCAAUACUUGUUGAUGGAAAGGAUGUGAUGCCAGAUGUGAACCAGGUCCUACAGCACAUGCGAGAAUUCUGUUCUGCAGUCCAAUCAGGAACCUGGAAGGGAUUCACUGGCAAGAAGAUAUGCAACGUCGUAAACAUCGGUAUCGGAGGAUCUGAUCUGGGUCCGGUGAUGGUGACAGAGGCCUUGCAGCCAUACCAGUGCGGCCCCAACGUCCACUUUGUCUCCAACAUUGACGGCACACACAUGGCCAAAACUCUCCUUAAUCUUAACCCAGAGACCACACUCUUCAUCAUCGCUUCAAAGACCUUCACGACCCAGGAGACGAUAACCAACGCCAACUCUGCCAAAGCCUGGCUGCUGGAGGCUGCCAAAGGAGAUGCUAGUGCAGUUGCAAAACACUUUGUGGCCCUCUCUACAAAUGGUCCCAAAUGUAAGGAAUUUGGAAUAAAGGAAGAAAACAUGUUUGAGUUUUGGGAUUGGGUCGGGGGCCGAUACUCCUUGUGGUCUGCUAUCGGUCUCUCCGUCGCCCUUUUCAUCGGCAUGGACAACUUUGAGCAGCUGCUGGCGGGAGGCCAUUUCAUGGAUCAGCACUUCGUCACAGCUCCCCUGGAACAAAAUUUACCUGUGAUCCUGGCGGUGCUGGGCAUCUGGUACAGCAACUUCUAUGGGGCUGAAACCCACUGCCUCCUGCCGUACGACCAGUACCUGCACCGGUUUGCAGCAUACUUCCAGCAGGGAGACAUGGAGAGUAACGGGAAAUACGUUACACGGAGUGGCCAGACAGUCAACUACAAGACUGGGCCCAUCGUGUGGGGCGAGCCAGGAACCAACGGACAACACGCUUUCUACCAGCUUAUCCACCAGGGAACUCGACUGGUUCCCUGUGACUUCCUGGUCCCUGUAGAGACCCACAACCCCAUCCAGGGAGGCCUGCACCAUGAGAUCCUGCUUGCAAACUUCCUGGCUCAGACGGAGGCCCUGAUGAAGGGCAAGUCAGAAGACGUGGCCCGGGCAGAACUUGAGGCUGCUAAAAUGUCACCAGAUGACAUAAAGGCCAUACUGCCACAUAAAGUAUUCCAAGGCAACAGGCCCAGUAACUCUAUAGUUGUACAAAAAGUGACUCCAUUUACAUUAGGAUCCCUUAUAGCGAUGUAUGAACACAAGAUAUUUGUACAGGGAGUCAUCUGGGAUAUCAACUCCUAUGACCAAUGGGGUGUUGAGCUGGGUAAACAGCUGGCAAAGGUGAUCCAGCCAGAGUUGCGAGGCUCUGAUCCCGUCACCUCUCACGACUCUUCCACCAACGGACUCAUCAACUUCUUCAAGGCGAACAGGAAGUAAAUGUGCGGGUGUGCAUUUAUCGUGGGAUGACUUGGAUGGACAAUUUUUCUGGAAUACAGCGUGGCAGUGAAUGUUUAAAGCACACAGAUGAAUGAUAGAGCGAACAUUUCUUUUACAUUAUGGCAACUACUGUCACCAAAUAAAAUAUGCAUAGUAUUCAAUCGACUUAACAUUAAUUUUGUGUCCUAAUAUUGUUCUAAAUUCAGCAAAGAAAAACACCUUAAAACAAACGUUGACAAGGCAUUGAUGUAAAGAAUGUAUAUCUUCCACUAAUUAUGAUAUGAAAAUAUUCUUAAGCAUUUUUUAUAUACUAACCAGAAGUAGCUUGAAUAAAACAAACAUUUUAUGAUACAACUUUUCUGUUAGUUGUAUUCAAGUGUUGAUAUUUGCAAUUAUUUUUGACAGUUUGUAUAAACAUGGCAAGUGUUAUUGGUGCAUAUUUAAAGUUCUUUGUUUGUGUUAUUUUCUUGCUGUGUCAGAUGUACAUGUAUGUUGUUAUUGUAGCUAAUUUAUUAUUGUUUCUCCAUUUAUCCAACAUUGUAUAAUUACAAGAAAUAGUUUAUCCCAAACCUAGAGUGAAGUAAUAUCGUGUUUCAUGAUGGGAAUCAUUCUGUAAAAUGACAUGUUCAUACUGUUGCUAAGUACAUGAAACUUUCUUGACUUGGUCCCUUUUUUGUUUAAUUUGCUAACCUGCAGCCAAGUGUAUAAAACUGGUUAUUUCUUUGAUUUGGUUAAAUUUGGCCAAAUUAUUUAUUGAUUGGUCAAUAUUUAUCAAAUGAUUACUGAGGACCAAUCACUAUGCUUGUAUGUGCAAACUAGCCAAAAGAUAAACUGUGCAUAACUUAUCCAGUUUUAUACAAUUGGCAACUGAUCUCUAGUCUUCUUGAUAUUAAUAUACUAUUUGAAAAUAUAAAUAUGUUUUCUCAACUUGUCUAACCAGUAUUUAACCAGAUUUACAAGUAGUUUCAUACAUGAAGUUUAGUUAGUUUAUAUUAAUUACUUUUGCUUGAUUGUGGGAAGUUACAAGAUACAAGCUUUUCCAUGUAUUUUGUGAUGAUGUUCCCCAUAGGGAGAGCAUAUAUCUGCCGCAUCAGUGUCAACCUUCGCCGGCUGUUCACCGAGCUGCAUGCUCCCCAAACGGCCGCAUAUAGUUGUCCAUCUGUCUGUCACACCCUUGUCAAAGAAUAACUUAAAAACUACUGAUAGGAUUGAAACAAAACUUGGGAUAUAGAUAAAUGGCAAUGAGAGGAAGCAUAGUGCACAAGAACCAUAAUCCUUACAUGCAUAUUUAUUCAGUUAUCUCCCCUUAACCAUUUUUUUCAUAAUUGGUGCUUGUCUUAGCCAAAACUUCAAUGCUACUGAUGGCAUUGAAAUAAAACUAGGUAUGUAGAUAUAUGGUAAUGAGAGGAAGUGCAGUGCAUGGAAACCAUAAUCAUAUCAUGCAUUUAUUUAGUAAAUUUAUUUAUCUGCUAUUAACCAUUUUUCAUAUUUGGUGCUUGCACAGUCCUGUCCAGAGCUAUUGAUGGGAUUUAAAUAAAACUUGGUAUAUAGAUAGUUGGCAAUGAGUGGAUUGCAUGUUUUUAAGUUAUCUCCCCUUUUCCUGAUUUUUUUUCUCAAAAAUUAUUUCUUGUUCGGUCCAUAUGUUGGAAAAUACUAAAUGGGAUUAAAAUGAAACUUAGAGUGUAGAUAGAUGAAAAUGAGAGUAAGUGCAUUACCCAAGAACCAUAAUCCUGCCUUGCAUUUUUUAGUUAUAUCUCCUGAACCUCCCCUUAUCUGACAACUUAUAAAAUCGGAGUUGGCUGGGUCUACAUCUUGGGUUUUGUAAAUUUAAGUUGCUGCUUUUUAAAUUCAUUUUUUGAAAUUUAAUUUAAAAUCUUAUUCUUAAAUCUGCCCCCAUCUUUCCAUGUGAUAGUUUUUUGUGUACUUGUGUAUAAUGAUGCUACAACCAUUUACAUUCUACCAGCACAUUAUAAAACAUUUUCUGCCUUUUCCUAGAAAAUGGGCUUAUGGGGAGCAGCCAUUGCUUCCACCAAUAUUUUUGUUUUUAAUAAUUUAUUGUAUUGCAUUGUUAUAAUCAAGAUAACAUAUACACAUGUCUUACAAAUUUUAUUGAUGCAUUAUUACUCCCAAAUAAGAUUCACCACAAUUUAUACAAUGGUUUUAAUAUGUCAAAAAGGAUGAAUAACAAUGGUUCUUAUAAAGGAUACCAUUUUUAAUUUGAAUGAAACACGGUAAUUCUAACUUAUGAGAUGAAAGUAGAUCACAGAAAAUCUUUUAGCACUCACCAAUCAUAUAAUAUGUUUGCGUUUCAGCUAUUAAAUACACGGUUAAAUAUUGUUAUCAGAAAUAAGUAUUUUCCAUAAAUGCAUUAUUUAAGAAGAAGUAAAGGUUUAUCACUCAAAAUUUAUGUUUGUUUACAUGUGUAUGUAUUGAGUGUGACUUUAAAAUGCUUUCUUGUCUAGUGCUUAAGCUUUUAAUUCAGUUUUAUAUUAAUAACCACAUAAAAUUAUUUCCAGCUCAGUUUUACCUUUCCUAAUCUGGGAUCACUGGUCUGCGUGUUGUAGAUUUGGUUAAUCUAGGGCAAGGAAGAAAGGUUGAGGAGCCUUAUAUUCAUAUUUUAAAUAAAUUAUGCAACAUUUUCAUGUCUGUUGUAAGUAUUCUUUUGUAUUAAGAUUAAGCCCAAUACCAAAUGACAUCUUUCUUGACUUAUACAUGUUGAACACCAUGACUAGUUGAUAUAUAUUGUUACAGAUAGCUAUUAAAUUAAGAACAGUG